UCCUUGUCAAGGUUUUUCGAAAAUUAUCAUCUAUGUUGUCAGACAUCGACUACCUCCUCCGAAGGGACUCUCAAUUUUCUGAGUUCAAGCCCGACACGGCGGAAGAUGAUGAGAACAGGAGGCUCUUAGCCGAAGAGUGUCGAAUCUUAGUAAUCGGAGCCGGAGGGCUAGGAUGCGAGCUACUCAAGAAUUUGGCCCUCAGCGGCUUCAAAAUGAUCGAGGUCAUAGACAUGGACGUCGUCGACGUUUCCAAUUUGAACAGGCAGUUCCUAUUCAGACAAGAAGACAUUGGCCAACCUAAGGCUAUCGUAGCCGCUGACUUUGUGAAUUCUAGAAUGAAAGAUGUCAGAAUUGUACCCCACUUCAAAGACAUUACGGAAAUGUCACUCGAUUUCUACCAACAGUUCAACCUGAUUAUCGCCGGACUGGACUCUAUCAAGGCGCGCCGGUGGAUUAAUUCCGUACUCAUUGGCAUAACUGAAAAAGGAGAGGAUGGGGAAUGGGACCCUUCGACUAUCAUUCCGCUCAUAGACGGAGGAACUGAGGGAUUCAAAGGCCAAGUACGCGUUAUCAUUCCUCGCCUCACGUCCUGUAUAGAAUGCUCUAUUGAUCUGUAUCCGAUAGAUCCAUUAAAUUUUCCAAUAUGCACGUUGACUGAAAGACCGCGCCAACCGGAGCAUUGUAUUCAAUACGUCAUGUUGAAGUGGGAUUCCUUUGAAGCCUGGAAGGGAGUCAAGUUUGAUAAAGACAAUUCCGAGCACAUGGCUUGGGUGUACAAAAUGGCAAAAGAAAGAGCACAACAAUUUGGUAUCAGCGGCGUGACCCUGAAAUUGACUCAGGGCGUCAUCAAGCGAAUCAUUCCAGCCGUCGCAUCGACAAAUGCUAUCAUCGCCGCAUCGUGCGUUAACGAGGCGUUCAAAUUUGCAACUCACGCCAGCCGGUAUUUGAACAACUAUAUGUCCUACAAUGGUUUAGAAGGUGUUUACACAAACGUUUUUGAGUACAAAAAAAAAGCGACGUGCCCCGUUUGCGGCUCAGAGCCCAUUAGAAUGAAGGUGGAUCCGUUGAAGACACUAGAUAGCUUCAUUCAGGACCUCGUUGCGGACCCAUCGCUCCAUCUAUCUGCACCGAGUUUGUCCGCUGGCAACAAACCAAGGAAGUGGUUGUAUAUAAGAGGCGCUCUGGAAGAAAAAACGGCGCCCAAUUUGAGCAAGCCGCUUCGGGAUCUGGUUGAAGAGGGCCAAACCGUUUAUAUUACGGACCCUAAUUUGGCGGGCGAAUUGCUGAUCCAAAUUCUUGUAACUUUUAAAUGAAGUGCAAGAAAAAAAACAUCGAAAGGCAUGUUUUUUUUCGCUGUCAGAA